UGCUUUGUGGAGUUGGUAACACUGCCUGUGGUUUCAUGUUUUGAGUAUGCACUGUAGGUUUGUGUACAGUAGCUUAGUUUUGUUUGAAUUUGUAUGAAACUCAUCCCUCUGGGAGAGCUUAAAUCUCAGUUUACACUCAUACAAAAUGUAUUCCAGCUGUCAUUUCAAAAGGACUGAAAAGCUUUUAAUUUUUUUUAUAUAUAUAUGAAAGUAAUUAUUGUACUGUAUAAGGGAGUUCAUCUGUAAUGAAUCCUGGAGGAAAUUUAUUGCUCAGCCUUUUUUUAUAUAUUUUUUGUAUUAAUAAACACGGCAGACUAUAUUAAAUGCAUAGUAUAACCAUGGGAAAAGUGUAACGGGUGUGCAAUGUGAUUUAUUAUUAAAUUUUCUUGUGUGUGUAAUUUGUUUCAUUUUUUAUACUCUAUUUAUUUUAUUGAUUGUAUUGUGUGAUUUAUUAUUUUUAAAACAUUGAUAAUGUUGUACGGCUCCUUUUAAACCUCCCGAAAACUUUUGAAUCUCCUUUUGAGAUUAGGUGUAUAAAAACACAUCAGGUCAACCAAAUGAGAGAGCUACCGGGUUUCGUAAAUUGUGAGCUGAGAGCAUGGGUCUGUGAACUGCCGUUCGAGGCAGAAGUUCUCGGGCUGACGGACCCCAAACUGUGCUACAUUCUUGAUGGAGUGCUCCUCCUCUACUCAGUAAUCAUCACGGCUCUGUACUUCAAAAACAAGUUCAGUAAGGCAAAAGACAAACCCCAAAAGGAAAGCCUGUAUGCAGACUUGGAUAGGAGCCGUGUUGAGGUAUAUGACCAAGCCAAUUCCCGGCCACGUGAUCCUGAGACAGGUGGUGUUGGAAAGAGAGGCAAAAGAAGUGAUGCUGUAUAUACAUCACUCAAAAAGGACCGUCCUGUUGAUGCAUACAGUGAAAUUGGACUGCAGAAACAAAACCAAGAGAAAAGACGCAGAGGAAAAGGAGCUGAACAAGUUUACCAGGGACUCAGUGCGGCAACCAAGGAUACUUACGAUUCUCUCCAGAUGCAGCCUCUUCCUCCACGCUAAGAAAUGCAGACAUCAUCCUUUUUUCAAUGACACCGCACCAUGCCAUGACUUGAAGGUGCAAUAUUUAAAGAAUUACCUGAGCACUUGCAUUUUUUUUUUUUAAAACCUGGUUAGCAACUGAAAUGCUUUAAGGUUUUAAAAGGUUGAUGGAUGGCUGAAUUUGGUUUUUUGGCAAACAUUUUAAAUUAAGGCACCCUUUUCUCACGAACAUCAAAAUUAGCUUCAUAUGGUUUGCUUUUAAAUUAUGGGGUUGACAGAACAUUCUGGGCAAAUGUUAUGGGUGCAUUUUAAUAUGUAAAUAAAGUAGUUAUAGAACCUUUGUUUUAUUAUGUAAUUAAUGCUUAAUCAGCUGCAGAUCAUUAGAACAAUUCAAGACGAUGGAGUGUGUGUUAAAUAAUGUUUAUUUUUGAAGUUAUAUAUAUAUAUAUAUAUAUAUAAAAGUUUUAGAAUGAAUUAGAAUAACAGGUUCGGGUGUACAGUCUAUUGCUCACUUGAAGGAUUUGUUAUUUGUUUUGUAUUAUGUGUUCUAGUGUGUCAUGUUCACAGCUAGAAGGAAACACACACUUAUGUAUGGUGCUUUUUAACGUGUGCUGUAAGAAAAGUUAGGGUUGUGUUGGUGCAACAGAAGUAUGAAAUUCAAGACUGACUAAUGCAUGCAGAGUUAGCAGUAGUAAGUUGUUUGAUAUUAGUCAGCUCAGACAUUUGAUCAAUAACUAUACCUGGAGGAGGGUUUUAGUGCUAGUACUUCAAUUGUAUCGUCAAAAGUUUCUUGUUACUAAGUGAAGAAUUAGUGUUCAAUUAUUUUUUAGUAAUGAGCAAUUAAGCAUUUCAGCAAAGUAAUCUUCAUUUCAGUUUUUCUGCUUUUAAAAAAAAAAAAAAAGCGCUUAUGAUAAGCAAUGGUUUCUUUUUAUCUGUGACUGAAUCCCGGAAUUCAAUUUAAAAGUAAUUAUAAAAUGUCUCCUUUCAUGUGUGGCCUUUAACAAUAAUAUUCUGAGAUUGGCACUAUUUUAUAUUAUUUAUAUAUAUAUAUAUAUAUAUAUAUAUAUAUAUAUAUAAUAUAUAUAUAUAUAUAUAAUUACACACACACACACAGUGCCUUGCAAAAGUAUUGAGACCCCUGACCAAUUCUCUCAUAUUACUGAAUUACAAAUGGUACAUUGAAAUUUCGUUCUGUUUGAUAUUUUAUUUUAAACUCAAAAUCAAUUAUUGUAAGGUGACACUGGUUUUAUGUUGGGAAAUAUUUAAGAAAAAUAAAAAACUGAAAUAUCUUGCUUGCAUAAGUAUUCAACCCCUGUGCUGUGGAAGCUCCCAGUUUACACCAAUGAAGAAAAUUGCCCUAACGAGGACACAAUUACCAUACCAUUGGCCUCCACCUGUGAACCAUUAAAGUUGCUGUCACAUUUUCUGGAUAAAAACCCCACUGUUGAAGGAUCAUUGGUCAGGCUGUGAAUCUGAAGGAAAAUGAAGACCAAAGAGCAUUCUACAGAAGUUAGAGAUAAAGUAAUACAAAUGCAUAGAUCAGGGAAAGGGUACAAAAUAAUAUCCAAGUGUUUGGAUAUCCCAGUGAGCACAGUUGGUUCAAUAAUCAGGAAGUGGAAGCUGCAUCACACCACCCAGGCACUGCCAAGAAAAGGCCGUCCCUCAAAACUCAGCGCUCAAACAAGGAGGAGACUUGUGAGAGAAGCCACAGAGAGACCAACAAUCACUUUGAAGGAGCUAGAGUUCAGUGGCUAGGAGAGGAGUAAUGGUGCACCAGUCAACCAUAUGAAGAGCUCUGCAUAACACUGGCCUGUAUGGGAGGGUGGCAAGAAAGAAGCCGUUACUCAAAAAGUACCAUCUGAAAGCACGUCUGGAGUUUGCCAGAAAGCAUGAGAGUGACCCAGCUGCGAUGUGGAAAAAGGUUUUGUGGUCAGAUGAGACCAAGAUAGAGCUUUUUGGCCAAAACUCAAAGCGCUAUGUGUGGCGCAAACCUAACACUGCCCAUGCCUCAAGACACACCAUCCCUACAGUGAAGUAUGGUGGUGACAGCAUCAUGCUGUGGGGAUGCUUCUCAUCAGCAGGGACUGGACAUCUUGUUAAAAUUGAAAGAAGAAUGGAUGGAGCAAAAUACAGGGAAAUACUGCAAGAGAACCUGCUUCAGUCCGCUAAAAAACUGAAGCUGGAGGAAAUUCACCUUUCAGCAGGACAAUGAUCCCCAAGCACAAGGCCAAAGCAACAUUGGAGUGGCUCAAGAACAAAAAGGUGAAUGUCCUACAGUGGCCCAGUCAAAGUCCUGAUCUCAAUCCCAUUGAGAAUCUGUGGCACGAUUUGAAAAUUGCGGUCCACAAGCGUCGUCCAACCAACCUGGAGCAAAUCUGCCAAGAAGAAUGGGCCAAAAUCACUCCGACACUGUGUGCAAAGCUGGUACAUACUUACCCCAAAAGACUUAAAGCUAUUAUUGCAGCGAAAGGUGGCUCUACCAAAUAUUAAUGUGUGGGGGUUGAAUACUUAUGCAAGCAAGAUAUUUCAGUUUUUUUAUUUUUCUUAAAAAUAUUUCCCAACAUAAAACCAAUGUCACCUUACAAUAAUUGAUUUUGAGUUUCAGUGUUUUAAAAUAAAAUAUCAAACAGAACGAAAUUGCAAUGUACCAUUUGUAAUUCAGUAAUAUGAGAGAAUUGAUCAGGGGUCUGAAUACUUUUGCAAGGCACUGUGUGUGUAUAUAUAUAUAUAUAUAUAUAUAUAUAUAUAUAUAUAAAUAAUGGGAGGGUGGCAAGAAAGAAGCCGUAUAUAUAUAUCUAAUGAUAUACUACAAAUGCUUCUGGGCCACUACACUUGCAAAAACAUAUAAAAAUAUAAAUUUAUGCUCCAUUUGAUCACACUAGUGGUUUUCAUUUUGCUCUGCAUUUGACAUCUGAGUCAGUCAUCAUUAAUGGUAAAACAAAAUCCUGUUACCAUUAACUACACUGUGAUAGUGUUGGUUGACCAGCAGAUGACAAUGAUGUAUAUAUUUUAGGUUAAAGGUGUAAGGUUACACCAACGACAAAAUAACAUUUGCAUAGUGGUACAAAAAAAAACCAGUUACCUUAAAUUUCACCAUGUCUUGGAGAAAAUAUUCAGACAGUAUAGCUGCCAAACCUAUGCUGAUGUAAAAGAAGGCAUUGCACUAUUGUAAUAGUGUCAACCGGAUGGAGCAAGUUUUAGGGGUGUAUUGGGAAUGGAAAAGAAAACUAUAGUAUAAAGCUGCAAGAUGUUAAUGCAGAAGACUGCAGCCUGAGUACCUUAAGGACUGGAGUUGCCUAUACUGGAUUUACUGGCUGCAUUAUUACAAUUGUAAACUUGCUUUCAAGCCAACAACUGGGCAGUAUACUCAUACGCUCACACACAUCAAUGCCACCUGCUUUGUACUGGCAGAGUUCAAACAUUCUUCCAAAUUCUUAAACACAAAACAAUAAGGAAACUUUCCUAAAUGUACAAGGUAAAUGGUAAAUAUAAAAUUUGCUGUAUCUAUUUUAUACACAUGAUGGAAAAGGAAAUGCUUUGUAAAAUACUUCUUUAAAACAUGUUUGUAUUUUUAACUUGUAUAAAUAUUUCUGGUGCUUUACUAUUAAAGUUUUUCUUUCCUCCCCUGAA